UUGGUACCAUUGAUGUGGGGAAGGUGCGGCUGAUGUUCUGGGACCUGGGGGGGCAGGAGGAGCUGCAGGCACUGUGGGAUAAGUAUUAUGCAGAGUCCCACGGGGUCAUCUACGUCAUUGAUUCCACGGAUGAAACUCGUCUCUCAGAAUCCAAACUCGCCUUCGAGCGGAUGAUCAGCAGCGAGUCCUUGGAGGGGGUCCCUAUCCUGGUUCUGGCUAACAAGCAGGAUGUGGAGGGCUGUCUCUCUAUCCCAGAUAUAAAGACUGCUUUCAGUGACUGCAUUAACAAGAUCGGUAAGAGGGACUGCCUGACCCAGGCCUGCUCGGCGCUCUCGGGGACGGGGCUGAACGAGGGGGUCGAAUGGAUGGUUAAAUGCGUUGUGAGGAACAUACACCGCCCCCCCCGGCAGAAAGACAUCACAUAGGACCGUGCCCUGUGAUUGGAGGAUGGAGCUGUGCGGGGCGGCUGGGUAUGAGGGACUGUAGGGGCAUCGGAGUGGGCAGUGCCCGGGUACAGGCUGAUUCCUGUGUAUAGUUUGUAACCAUAGCAACCAACGCUGACAGAUUGAAUGCACAGCCAAUGGGAUGUGGGGGGGGGGGGUACUCCCCAGGGCUUAGUUUAUUCAUCUAAAUGUGAUGAACCAAUCAGGGGCCAACUCCCAGCAUCCAAUCCCAGUGGGAGGGAGUCCGGGCACCACCGAGGGGCCACAUGUAGGUUAGUGCCCCACUGAUCUGCCCAUUUCUGCCCCCCCCCAACCUGCCUUCUCCCCAUGACCCCAUAUCCUUUUCCCCCCCCGUGCCCCCCAGCCAGCGGUGGGCUCCCACACUCUGCGGAGGGGCUCAUUCUCAGGAAGUGAUGAUUGGGUUCAGCCCCCCCCCUGCCUUGUACCCCAGCGCCUCCCAUUAUUUAUUGAUACUCCCCCUAUUCCCUGUAUAACCCCCCCAUGUUACUUCCCAGGGUGCAUUGGGCUCAGCGGGCGUCAUGGUGUCUGUGUGCCUCAUACAAUGUGUCGUUGUGAAAAUAAAAUGUUAGUCACUUCCUGUGCUG